UGAGGCGCGACUGCAUGUCUGAGAGUAAAGAGGAGAGUUUGGUUUCACUUCUCCCAUCAUCGGUCGGAUCGUUCACUGGGAAUUCUCCAGCAUUCAUCCCGCCAUGGGGAACAACGUGUCGGGACUGUCGGCGCUGCAGAGAUCCCAGCAGGCGGGUUUCCACCGGCUCCGGAACCACAAAGACUCCCUUGGCCCGUUCCCGUCCACGUCGCACCGAUGUCACCACAAACCCAAGAGGUGUCUGCCCAUCCAGUGCGGCAGCGUCGGCGGACCUUUCCCGGUCAGCCCGCUCCUUUUCCAUCCAAACACCAAGGGAUCCCAAAUAGUCAUGGACCUGGCCCAGAAGACCGUCAAGAGACAGGCCAGCUUCUGCAACGCCAUCACCUUCAGCAACAGGCCCAUCGCGCUGUACGAGCAAGUCCGCCUCAAGAUCACUAAAAAGCAGUGCUGCUGGAGUGGAGCUCUGCGUCUGGGCUUCACCUCCAAAGACCCCUCCAGGAUAAACCCCGAGAACCUGCCGAAGUACGCCUGUCCCGAUCUGGUGUCCCAGAGCGGCUUCUGGGCCAAAGCCCUGCCCGAAGAGUUUGCCAACGAGGGAAACAUCAUCGCCUUCUGGGUCGACAAGAAGGGCAGGGUCUUCUACCGCAUUAACGAGUCCAGUCCCAUGCUGUUCUUCAGCGGAGUUCGGACGGCGGAGCCGCUCUGGGCCCUCAUUGAUGUUUACGGUCUGACCCGCGGAGUCCAGCUGCUCAACAGUGAGAUCGUUCCUCCGGACUGUCUGCGCCCACGCUCCUUCACCACGGUGCGCUCCUCCUCCCUGCGGCGCGAGGCAGACGACUCCCGCCUCUCCGUCAGCCUGUGUGAUCUCAACCUGCAGCAGGAGGACCGAGGCCCCGCCCACUCUCACCGCCACACGCUGCACCUGCUGCCCUGCUCCUCCUCCUCCACCUGCCCCAUUCCCCAGAAUUCCCUGAACUCGCAGCAGUCCUCCCUGCUGCCGUCAGCCCUGGAGAGCGACCUGCACUUCCACCAGCUGCGCGGCGCCCACAUCAAGACGCUGGACGAGCAGACAGUGGCCCGGUCUGAGCACGCCCGGGAGGAACGGACGCUGGUCUUCACCAACCGGCCCCUGCGCACCGGAGAGACCGUCUUUAUCAAGGUCACCAAGUCCAGCCCGGUGCGCUCGGGCUCACUGUCGUACGGCGUGACCUCCUGCGACCCGGCAGUGCUGCGCCCCAGCGACCUGCCGUACAACCCUGAGGCUCUGGUGGACAGGAAGGAGUUCUGGGCCGUGUGCCGCGUGCCGACGCCUCUGCAGAGCAGCGACAUCCUGGGCUUCCUGGUCAACCAGGAAGGGGAGGUCAUCCUCAGCCACAACGACAACGUGGGGAUGAGGUGUGCGUGGACAACUCGCCCCCUCUGGAUGUUCUUCGGCCUGCACGGAGCUGUGACACAGCUGAGGAUUCUGGGCUCCACUCACGUCGGGGACCCACGGGCCACGUCCAACCCCAGCUCGCCCUCCUCCUCCCCCCACACGCCCAGCGCCCUGGGGAGCGGCAUCUCUGACCCGGUCCUGAACGGAGGCUUGUGUUCGGCCGCCUACUGCAGCUCAGCAGGAGGAACGACGCCCAGCUCCCCGGUCAGCCUCCCCAAGUCUCCCACGUUCCCGUCGGGCCGGGGCCCGUGGGCCGACGAGUGCUCCAUCUGCUACGAGAAUGCCGUGGACUCGGUCAUCUACACCUGCGGACACAUGUGUCUCUGCUACAGCUGCGGCCUCAAGCUGAAGAUGUCCAACGCCUGCUGUCCCAUCUGCAGGAGACAGAUCAAAGACAUCAUCAAGACGUAUCGCAGCACGUAAAGAGCCUCAGUCUGACCAACAGUCGGUGACGUUCAGGGACUUUGUUUUCCUCCUUUGGGAUUGGAGAAAGCUUUCAGUGAGGAAGAAGCUGAACUCAUCUGG